CACAAAAGCAGUCACUGAGGCCGUACGUGAUUGCUAUGUAAUGGUUGAAGAAAUUGAAAGGAAAAGGAAAGAAAAAGAGGAUCUCAUAGUCAUUGGGAGACAUGCACCUUUAGGAACAGGGACACAAUUAGGUUGUGUUGGAGGGCCUUCUUCCUUACCUUCAUAUCGUCCCACUCAUUUUGCUACUACUCAUGCUUCCGGUUCUGCUUCUAUAAGUGCCAGUGCCAGUGCCUCUGCCCCUUCUCAUGUUCCUAGCACUGGCAGUGGUAGUGGGAGUGUUAGCAUUGGACCUAGGAUUCGUAAAUCUAGGUUGGAUACCUUUUUUGCACCUCGCACUACUCCUGGGUCCCAACAGUCACUUGAGAGCAUGGGUUGGAACAAGGAGGUCCAUGAUGCUGCUAAAAUGGCAGUUGGCAGAUUUUGGAUCUAUGGCAGUAUUCCAUUCUUCACAGCCAGGUCACCUUAUUGGCAAGAAAUGGUUGAUGCCCUUACCAUUUGUGGGGCGGGGUUCAAAGCCCCUUCUGAGUUUGAUUUGAGGGGACCCAUUUUGACUGAAUUGGUGAAUGAUGUGAAGAAAGAAUUGGGUGAUCAACGCCAAAUAUGGAGCACUAAAGGUUGCACCAUCAUGACUGAUGGUUGGACAGACAGGAGAAAUAGAACUCUCCUUAAUUUUCUUGUUUCUUCCGCAGGGGGCACCGUUUUCAUCAAGUCUAUUGAUGCCUCCGCCCAUUGCAAGAAUGCCACCUACCUAUGUGAGCAGAUAGAGGAGGUGAUUAAUGAGGUGGGUGAAGAGAACGUGGUACAGGUGGUGACUGACAAUGCACCAAAUUAUGUUGCUGCAGACUAUUGAUGGAGAGGCGCCCAUCUAUAGUUUGGACUCCAUGUGCCGCCCAUUGCAUUGACCUCAUGUUAGAGGAUAUUGGAAAACUUCCAUGGGUCAAGACAUGUGUAGAAAAGGCAAGAAAUGUGUGCAAAUUUGUA